AUAGAAUUUCAGUGGUUAAUACGAAAUUACCAGACAGCAUCACAACGUGGAUGAUACAAGCUGUUAGUGUAUCACCUCAGUGGGGAACGUGUGUUACCGAUGCCAUAGAAAUCAAAUCAUUUAAAAGAAUCUUUCUUCGAUUUAAUAUCCCAUAUUCUCUCGUACUCAACGAACAGUUGGAUUUUCAAGCAACUGUAUUCAAUUAUUUUCCGCAGAAAAUACCGGUAACUGUUUAUAUGUAUGGAGUGAAGAAUCUACGUAGUGGAGUAAAAGAAGGAGAGAAAGGCGAACAAAAGAGAAUCACAGUCGCACCUAAUUCUACAGGAACGGUGCAUUUUUCAAUUGUUCCAUUAGUGGCUCAGGAUUAUCUCAUUCGUGUUGUGGCUCUAAGUCCUUAUGGAAAGGAUAUUGUAGCCAGAAAAUUACAUGUGGUGAUUUCAUAUUAAGCAUAAAAAUCACAUUGUGUAUCAAAUUCUAUAUGUGAAAAUAUUGAAUUUGAGUUUGCAAUCCUCUUACAAUUCUGAUGAAACAACAUGGAGUAACUGGUGUAACUACUGAAAGUAACUUCUGAUUAAACAACAUUGGAGUAACUACUAGCUGCUACUGAAUAACUAAAUGGCACGACUUUUAAUCAUUGUAGUGAGAGUUCAAA